AUGUUUCGGGAAGAAGAUGUGCAAAUGUCGAGCUUACCGCUAAUGGCUGGCUUUAAUGGCCUCUUGAACCCGGCCAGUAUUCUGAAUGGUGGCCGAGAAAGCAAUGAUGCUGCCGAUACUGAUCGACAAUGUUCUACUGAUCGAUCAAUUUCGGCCACACCUUCGCAAAGUGGGGACGAUCAGCACCAGGAUUUGGACGAUGAUCCGAUGAGCGGUAUGAUGGUGAAUGGAUCAACCGCCGACUCCGCCCAACAACAACAGAACACACAUCUUUCAUUAUCGCAGGAAGUAGCCGAAUUGAAGAACAACUUCGUGUAUAUUUCACACCAGGUAGCUAUCAAAGAUUCUAGUUCUAUUUUGGUUUUGUUUGGAAUAGAAGUUUCGCAAGGGGUCGUGAUUAGGGUAAGCAUUACUUUCUUCUAUCGUUUGUUCCCCUCCUUGCUUUGCCUAGAGGGUACUUUUACUUUUUUGGGUAUUUUUCGAGUACAGAGAUAUUGA